ACACAAUUAUUUAAUAUUAACGGAUUACUACAUUUGAUUAAGACCACACUACGUGUAUCAUUUUCAUAAGUGGAGCGUUUGUUAUAAUACAGAUUACGUGAUAACAAUGCAUAUUUAAACAAGCUGCUUUAAAAAAUUAAAAGAUAUCGUUUUUUUGCACAACUUAACCAACACUGUAUUUAUAAUGGAAGAUCAUAAUAAGGAUGAAACAAAUUUCAAUCUACUCCAAGAUAAGCGGUUGAAACCAAAUGGUCACGAAAUCAAGGCUUACAAACGACGAUGGAUAAUUUUAACAAUUUUCAUAGUUUACGCUGCUGUAAACUCGUACCAAUGGAUCGAAUAUUCAAUUAUCAACAACAUAAUUACAAGAUAUUACAACGUUACUCCUGUGAUGGUGGACUGGACAUCAAUCAUUUACAUGGCCCUCUAUGCACCUUUAGUCAUACCAGCUUCCUACAUUUUGGAUAAAUAUGGUUUACGUGCCGCUGGACUAAUUGGAGGACUAGGAACAGCAUUAGGAACCUCAAUUAAAGUAUUUUCAAUCGGACGUGAAUCCUUCUGGAUUGUCCUUCUAGGUCAAGCAGUUGUAUCAGCAUCACAACUUUUAAUUCUAUGUCUUCCACCAAGAAUAGCAGCUGUUUGGUUCAAACCCAAUGAAGUAUCAACUGCUUGUUCUCUUGGUGUAUUUGGAACUCAACUUGGUGCUGCCCUGGGGUUUGUGCUAUCACCCAUGCUUGUGAAAAAUCGUGAAAAUGUGGAAGAAAUUGGACAUGACUUGAAAAUAUUGUGCUGGGGUCUCACAGCUGUCAUUUUACCAACAGCGAUUGCGAUUAUAUUUUAUUUUCCAAUGCAACCUCCAAAGCCACCAAGCAUUACACAAGUGGAGGAAAGAAAUAGAACGGAAAAAUUUUCUGCAAAAUUAUUUUUUCAAUCAAUUUCAGUUCUGAUGAAAAAUAUGCCGUUUGUAAUCCACGUCAUAGCUUAUGGUAUCAAUAUUGGGGUUUUUUCUGCCAUUGGUACUCUCUUGAAUCAACUUGUGUUACGCUAUUUUAAACACUUACCAGAUGCUGAAGAAUUUGCUGGUAGAGCUGGAUUGGUUAUGAUUGUCAUUGGAAUGAUCGGGUCAAUUUUAUUUGGAAUAUUCCUUGACAAGACACAUAAAUACAAAGAAACCACAGUUUAUACUUACUUAUUGUCUUCAGUUAGUAUUCUUGCGUUCAUGUUUGCAUUAGAAAUGAAGUCGAAAAUUUUGGUUUAUAUUGCAAUAGGAGUAGUUGGCUUAUUUACAAAUGCCUAUAUGCCAGUAGGUUUUGAGUUUGCGAUGGAGUUAACUUUCCCUUCUUCUGAAGGUACUACCACAGGAUUACUUAUGGCACCAUCACAAGUUUUAGGAGUUGUUUUUGCGCUAAUGUUGGGUCAGCUUAACGUUGUAAUUGGGCCGUUUUGGUCUCUAGCCAGUCAAGUUUUGUUGCUAGUUGUUGGUACUGUAAUUACAUGUUUUGUACCAAACAAACUGAAGCGACAAGAAGCCUUCAAACGUAGUAUAAAUGUUGAUAUAUUGUUAAAAGAAGUCAAGCGUUGAAUUAUUGAAAAAAUAAAUCAUUUAUUUUAA